AUGAGUGUUGGACGCAGAAGACUAAAGCUGCUGGGAAUUCUGAUGAUGGUAAACAUUUUUAUUUAUGUGAUUGUGGAAGUCUCAAAAAGUGACAGCGAAGAGAAGAAUGCAGAAGGUCGCGUUAUUAUACCACGCAGCAGAUUCUGGAAAAAAUAUACUCCUCACAAAGCUUAUUGGAACAAACAGCAGCAGAAGCUCGAACUGCUGUACAACCCUAUUCUGACCUUGCUUUCCAAUAUGACUGUGGAAGAGAACUUAGUUGCUAACGCGAGUGUUCUCAAUUCCUGUGACCCCGACCCAUGGGUACCUAAGGAGGUUAGUGACUUUGGAAACUUGCCGGACAGAUUCAAAGACUUUCUACUUUAUCUGAGAUGUAGAAAUUACUCAUUGUUAAUGGAUCAGCCAAACAAGUGCAAACAUAAACCUUUUCUGCUGCUGGCUAUUAAGUCACUUACACCCCAUUUUGACAGGAGGCAAGCAAUCAGGGAAUCCUGGGGCAAGGAAAUAAAAUCAGGGGAUGUGACAGUCAGAAGGGUUUUCUUACUUGGACAGACCCCACCAGAGGAUAAUUUUCCCGAUCUUUCGGACAUGAUAAAAUUUGAGAGUGAAACCCACAAGGACAUUCUCCUCUGGAACUAUAGAGACACUUUCUUCAAUUUAACUCUGAAAGAGGUGCUGUUUCUUAAGUGGGUCAGCAGCAGUUGCGCAGAUGUCCAGUUUAUUUUUAAGGGCGAUGAUGAUGUGUUUGUGAAUACCCAUCAGAUCCUGGAUUACUUGAAGAGCUUAUCAAAGGAGAAAGCCAAAGACUUAUUUGUAGGUGAUGUGAUCAAAGAUGCUGGACCUCACAGAGAAAAAAAAUUGAAGUACUACAUCCCAGAAAGUGUUUAUGAAGGUUCGUAUCCUCCAUAUGCAGGGGGCGGUGGGUUUCUGUACUCUGGUGAUUUGGCAUUAAGACUGAAUAAUGUAUCUGACCAAGUACUCCUUUACCCUAUCGAUGAUGUUUAUACUGGAAUGUGCCUUCAGAAGCUUGGGCUUGCUCCAGAAAAACACAAAGGCUUCAAAACAUUUGAUAUCGAAGAGAAAUACAGAAAUAACAUCUGUUCCUACACAAACUUAAUGUUAGUACACAGUAGAAAACCUCAAGAAAUGAUUAAGAUUUGGACCCGCUUGCAAGAUCCACACUUAAAUUGUUAAAAUAACGUGCUUAAGUGUCUUAAGUCCAGAUAGCUUUCCAGGUUUGGGUCUGGCUUCCUUGGUGGACUGCUGAAGCUCUGUUUAAUUUUCUCUGUAAACUUUUUCCUGUACUUUUGAAAAUGAGAAUAAUACUAAAAUUUUAGAGGAUGGCUUGAAGACUUGGUCCUGACUUUUCCACUGUCCUGGUGGUCAUUAUGUUUCAAUAUUUGUGUUAAAUUACUUUUAGAAAGGACUUCAAGGAUGUGACUAGCUGUCAGUGACUGGUUAGCUGUCUUGGUAACAGGGACUGCCGACUGCAAUGCAUCUUUCAUUAAUUGUGGUGGUGGAAGAUAUUUUUUCCUUGAGUAGUGUUUAUGUGUGGGGGUGUGGAAACCACUGUAAAUUGAAAAUUAACAAAUUGGAGGAAUGUAGU